UCUUUCCAAGGACCUUCUUAAAGCGGCGAUCAGAGGAAAAUUGGUGCUACGACUUAGAAAACAGAGAAAGACCCGACAAUUAUUAGAGAUUACACAGUCUCCUUGUGAAAUACUUUGUCACUUGGACCUGUGUUAUUGUGUUAAACUUACCCCAGUACAUAGUGUAUUUGCUGAAAUCUCCGUAACAACUUAGCCGGCUUUAGAUUUGGUAGUCGCUGGGUGGGCUUUAUCCCCAUUCCCCAGCUAGUUAGCUAGCUAGCUAAAUGUGCUAGGCUAGCUAGCUAGCUAACUAACGUGAGCGGACGUUUCUUGGCCGGUCCUCCUCACAACGUUCCAACUGAGAACAGAGACAUUGGAGUAGAAGCGGUUUGUUCCGUGUCUGUUGUCCAUCAUGGAGAACGACGCUUGUGUUGAGCUGAAGCCCGGUGAUGCUGCUGUGGAUCAAGUUAAGCAAGAGCCUGCAGCCCCAGCUCCUUUCAGAUACACCAAGGAGGAGCUUCUUGAAAUAAAAGAACUGCCAGUCUCCAAUGAAAGGCCAGAUUGUCUCUCAGAGAAAUACGACAGUGAUGGCGUCUGGGACCCUGAGAAGUGGCAUGCCUCACUGUAUCCCACUUCAGAGCGCAGUUCUCCAGUGGAAGGUUUCAAGAAGGACUAUGUGGAUGAUAGAGUUCCUCUGAAACGAAGAAUCCCAGAUCCUCGUGAGCGGUUAAAGGAGGAUGAUCUGGAUGUGAUACUGAGCCCACAGCGACGCAGCUUCGGAGGUGGAUGUCAAGGCAUUGCGGCACCUGCACCCCACGCCCGUCGCCCAAUCAGCCCCCUGGAAAAUAAAGAGAAUGAAAGUCUCCGUCUAGGAGGCGCACGCAGAAUCGGCAGCGGGCGCAUAAUUGCUGCCCGAGCAUUUGAGAGAGAGGCCCGUGCCGAGAAAGAGAGGGAACGUGAGAGAGAAUUUAAAGAUAAAAGAUUCAGGAGAGAUUUUGGUGACAAACGUGUCUUUAGUGAAAGGAGAAGGAAUGACUCUUAUGCAGAGGAGGAGCCAGAGUGGUUCUCUGGGGGUCCAACAAGCCAGUCUGAGACAAUUGAACUCAUCGGAUUUGAUGAUAAAAUCCUGGAAGAUGAUAGACGCAGGUCCAAGAAGUCAAGAAAGCGAACGGAGUCUUUGAAAGAAGUAGUGGAAUGUAACGGUGGACAAGCGGAAGAGCGAGAUGUGGGUUUGCAGUCUACAGCCGAUCAGGAGGUUCCCCACCCCGACGUUCUGCCGGAGCAGUCGACCGGAGACUUUGACUUUAAUGAAUUCUUCAAUCUGGAGAAGACUAUGCCAGGACUGGCUUCUGCCGCUUCUGUCUUUCAGAUGAUAGAGGAUGUUUUGGGGGAGGGUCCUGUAUCAGCCAGCCGCUUCAGUCAGUGGUUCUCCAGUAACCUUAGCCCUUCAGGCAGCCAGACCAGCAGCCUGAGGUCCACUCCUCACGAGGAGCUGGAAAAACUAGCAGGACUCGAACCACGCUGCACAUCCCCUAGCCAAGGCCCUGGCUCAUACUUCACACCUAUUCAAUCAUCAGAGUGCAAAGAGAAGGUGGACAUCCUGGAGCUGCUGCACAAAGCCAAAAUAGACCUGAAGCCCCUUCUGUCCACCCUGUCAGUCAACAAAGCUCGGCUACGGGAAAGCACUCACACUGGAGCGGUGCUGUCGCUGGAGGAGGUGGAGGGCGGGAUGAAGGGGAUGAAGCUGGUCUCAGAACCACACGUGCGAAAGGUGCCGCCUCCACAGAGAGGAAACGGCACGCCCUUCAUGGCUGAGCAUUUAGAGGAGGCUUUAACUGGUGGCCCCAGUGCCCGUCCGCGGUCACGUGACACAGACAUGUCGGCCUUUAAUAAACUAGUCAGCAGCAUGAAGGCAAGUGGAACUCUGCCAACUCACCCCAAAACCAACACAAACAAUCAACCUUCAGACUCAGCUGUGGUGACAUCGUCUGAAGCUCAGGUGUCUGCUCAGCAGCAGAAAAACAUAUUCCAGGAGCUCUUGGGCGGUCAUGCUCGUAGUGGCUCCCCUACGCUACUUGGCAACUUGUUGGGCAGCACCGAGGGCCUGACAUCCUCUGCCCCCCUUCAUGGCCUAAUACACAAGGGUCCCUCACCCCCCCUCUUCCCACAGAGGGCACCCUCACCUGACUACUUCAACAGUCGGUUGCAACCACCAGGAGGUUUUCCUGUUGGUGCCCCGCCCAUGCUGCCAGAACAGUUUGGUGAUGUACACAGGUCCAUCAGCCCUGGAUGUGCUGCACAGCAACAGAUGAGGGCGCUCUCAAUGCCAGUGAGUCAUGCUGACCUGGAAGCACUGGCAUUCCAACAGGACCUCGCUCUGCAUGCCCACCACUCGUUCCAGUCCAACUACAACAAGCCACAAGACAAGUCUUUUCGAAAUCGUCCGCAGCGUGUUAUUCACUCUCCUGGUCCAGGCCCUCAGCCUGCAGGGAGAAACUCUCCAGGCAAUGCUGUCACAAGCAUGUUGUCUCCCUCAUUUACACCCACAUCUGUAAUCCGCAAAAUGUAUGCGACAAAAGAGAAGAGCAGAGAUGAACCGCUGAGUCGUUCAGAUGUCAAGGAGGAGGGAGGAGCACACUCUCAAGAUGACAGCAGCUCCCCAAACCUAUACCUGGAAGCGAUGGAUGGGAAUACAGCCCAGUCUGGGGGGGUGAAGCCCAGCUCGCAGACUUUGCCAAGCAAGGACCAGGAGCGUCUCAGGCCUGGCUCUGCUGGACGCCAUACACCAACCAUGAUACCUCCAGGCCCAUCCUCAUCUUAUCCUCGUCCAAUCUACCCGGUACCGCUGCUAUCCCAUGUACCCAUGGUGCGUCCUCCUCCCCAGCUCCACCCUAAUGUGGUUCAGCGAAUGUUGGCACAGGGUAUCCAGCCCCAGCAGCUUGGACCUGCUCUUGUGCAAGCCGGUAUAUUUCCACCACACGUUGACCUUGCACAACUUCAAGGACUGCCUCCUGCCCUGCUUGGACAACCACUGUACCCUCUAAGUGCAGCAGGGCAUCCACUUCUACCUCCUAGAGCCAAUACUCAGAUGCAGUUAACAGUAAUGCAGCAGCAACUUCAGCAACAGAGACAAAUUCAUCCAAGUGUCCACGGCCCGAUGUCACAGAACCAAGGCCUCCACCGGACAAAUGGCUCCCAGCGACACGGUGGCAGCCCCCCUCUAGGCCUCGCCAAGUGGUUUGGAUCAGAUGUGUUAGAACAGCCACUCCCCUCCAUGCCGGCCAAGGUCAUAAGUGUAGAUGAAUUGGAGUUCCGGCCAUAAGAAAAUAAACACUGUGCUGGAUAGAAUUUUUUUUUCCGUUACCAUUUAAAAAUGUGAAUUUUAAUUUGAAGGACAGAGAACUGGAUAGUCUAACCAUGCCAUGCUUUGUCUUCACCAUUGAAGUCACUGCUUUUGAAGAGGCGAUUAAUGGAGAUGUUGUUUUUGCAGCCGAGUGAUAUAUUUUUUUUUGUAUUAGAUUAUGCACAGUAAAUAAUGUAUAGGCCUAAUUGUACAGACCAUGGGAAAGAAUGUUAAGCUCCCUGUAUAUAUAGGUAUGGUGGUUUCUUUAUCUGGGUGUGGGGAAGGUGAAACUACUCUGCAGUUCAACUGAAAACUGUGAGAUACAAAGUCACCAAGAGCUGGUAGCAUUCCUGUCUUGUCCACCUUAACCCCCCUCCCCCUCCACACAUUGAGAAAGGUCCACUGCUAGUGAGAAAUAUUGGGAGUGUGUACUCUACCUUUCUUUUGUGAUGUGGCUAAACGCCCUUUUCUGUAAAAGUGACCGCUAGGAGCAUUUCAAGACAACUCCAGGGAUGGUUGUGCCUUCUUUUCUUUUCUCUUUAAAUGUAUCCUCACCCACCCGACAUGUCACUAUUGGGGACAGCACUGCUCACACUGUCAGUUUUUGGAAGGUGUUUGGGAUGCAGUUUGUGCUAAAAGCACAAAUAGAAUUAAUAAAUAAAACUUCAGUAAAAAGUUUAA